AUGGGAGCCUCGAUAUCCAAGAUGAUGGCCAAGGUCUUCGGAUCCAAGGAGAUGCGCCUGUUGAUGCUGGGUCUCGACGCCGCUGGAAAGACCACUAUCCUAUACAAGCUCAAGCUCGACCAAGAUGUAACCACCAUCCCCACCGUCGGCUUCAACGUCGAGACCGUCACAUACAAGAACACAAAGUUCAACGUAUGGGAUGUCGGUGGCCAGGACAAGAUCCGUCCGCUAUGGAGACACUACUUCUCUGGUACCCAGGGUCUCAUCUUCGUCAUCGACUCCAACGACCGCGCCCGUAUCGACGAGGCCAAGACGGAACUCACAAGGAUUAUCCAAGAUAGAGAAAUGAAGGAUGCGCUGCUGUUGGUAUUCGCCAACAAGCAGGAUCUCAGCGGAGCUAUGCGACCAAAGGAAGUCUCAGACCGUCUGCAAUUAGACAAGAUCGCCAAAGACCACGUAUGGAAGGUCGAGCCCAGCUGCGCGACAACAGGAGAGGGUAUCUUCGAGGGACUGGCCUGGCUUUCCAACAACGUCAAGCUACCACCAGGCGCCAAGUAG